AUAUAUAUGUAUAUUUUUUUCUUUCUUUUUCUUUUUUUUUCUUUCCUUUUUUUGUUUUUCCUCUAACAAUAUCUACAACGAUAAUUUAUCGCAAAUAUUGAAGAACGAUUUGUCAGUUUUCAUUUACUUACAAAUUUUAUGUCCUUUCGUCUAUCAAUUUUUACUUUUAUACGAUCAUUUUUCUAAUAAAUAUCAAAACUCUCGUUAAUAUUAAUUAAACAAUAAUAAAAUAUGACAAAGGUAUAUAAUACAGAAUUUAAGGAAGCAUUAAAAGAAAUCGCACAAAGAGUAGCGUACUUCAAUUCACCUCACGGAUCGUCGAAUGGAGUCGUCGACUCGCCGGAAUUUCAGAUGAAAGUGACGAAGGAAUUAAAAAUCGUAACGAUUAUGUACAAUUAUUGAAGAUAAUGACGCGGGGUGGUCGUUUGCAUGGGAUUUUCCUUGAUCCACCACCUGAUACAGACGAGAUACCAUCGUUGGCCGAAUCAAUGUGUAACUUUUUAUCUAGCAAAUGUAAGGACCUACCGAAUGCCGGUCCAUUGGAACCAAUUGUAUCGAGAAAAACGCCAGAUGGUUGUGCUUAUAUCUCUUUACGAAAGAUUGAAAAUAAAGGGAUUUUGUGUUAUCUAGCAGUUAGUCCCGAUGGAUUGACCAUGCCAAAGAAAGAACAAUAAACGGUAUAUGUACAUAUAUAUAUAUAUGUACAUAUAUAUAUAUAUGUACAUAUAUAUAUCUUGAAGAAAUUAAAAGCUUUACGAAGGAUUUUGUUAAUCGUAAAUGACAAUAAAAGGAAAUAAUGACACUACAAUGUUAUAUAGAUAAUCGAAAAUGAAAUAAGCAGAAUUGUAAUGAGAUAAUAAUUCGAUUAAGAAAGAAAAAAACAAAGAAAAGAAAAAAAAAAGAAAAGAGAGAAAGAGAAAUUAAAUCUUUAUUACUAUAUAAUCUCUAAUAUUAUUAUCAUUCUUUAUAGAUAUAGGUAUAUUGAAGGUAAUAAUGAAACAGGAGAAAAGAAAAGAAAAGAUUAAUAAAAUAUAAUAUGAUAUAAAAUGAUAUUAAUUUAUUUUACUUUGUUAUUUCAUAUUUUAGUACACAUAUUAUAUAUGUAGUUGAUAUAAUCCACAAACAG